AAACGCGGAUGCGGAAGCGUCUAAAGCAGCAGCGACAUCCCGGAUUGUAGUUUCUGACGCGUGUUUGUUUGUUUGUUCGGUUUGAGCCGCUGUCAGCUCGUCGACACUCGGACCAGAAGUCCAGCCGCCAGAAGAACCGCAGAGAACAGCCUCAGGAGAGCCCGGAGCAGCCAUGUCGUCCAGCGGAGAGGCCGUGUUCCGGGCCGUGCAGGCGCCGCUGCUGUGCCUCGGAGCUCUGACCGCGGCCUGGCUGUCCGUGUGCUCCGUGUGCCGGCUGCUAUCCGGGAUCAGGGUGUGGGUGCUGGGCAACGGCCGGCUGGUGUCCCCCAGCAGGCUGGGCCAGUGGGCAGUUGUGACGGGAGCCACAGAUGGGAUCGGCAAAGCGUAUGCAGAGGAGCUCGCCCGUCGAGGCUUUUCCAUCGUGCUGAUCAGCCGCUCUCAGGAGAAGCUGGAUGAUGUGUCCAAGUCGAUCGCCAGUAAAUGUGGCGUCGAGACCAAGACGAUCGCGGCAGACUUCAGUGCCGUUGAUAUCUACUCCAAGAUUGAAGAUGGACUCACAGGACUGGAGAUCGGAGUGUUGGUGAACAAUGUUGGAAUAUCCUAUUCUUACCCUGAAUUCUUCCUCAAUGUUCCUAAUCUGGACACGUUCAUCGACACCAUGGUCAACGUCAACAUAACAUCAGUGUGCCAGAUGACACGUCUUGUUUUGCCUCGAAUGGUGGAGAGGAAGAAGGGGGCCAUCCUGAACAUCUCUUCUGCCAGUGGGAUGUACCCUGUUCCCCUCCUCACCAUCUAUUCUGCCUCCAAGGCGUUUGUGGACUUUUUUUCACGAGGGCUGCAAGCUGAAUACAAGAGCAAAGGGAUCAUCAUCCAGAGCGUUUUGCCGUUUUUUGUUGCCACCAAGCUGAGUAAAAUCCGACGAGCCACUCUGGACAAGCCCACUCCGGAGCGCUACGUAGCCGCCGAGCUCAACACCGUGGGCCUGCAGACUCAGACCAACGGCUACCUGCCUCAUGCUAUAAUGGGUUGGGUGACUACAGCGCUGCUCCCAGCCAGGAUCCUCAGCAGCUACGUGAUGGGGAUGGGUCUGUCCCAGCGCGCUCGUUACCUCAAGAAGCAGAAGCAGGGUUAGACGGAUCGACGGUGGCCGACAGCUGUGUUACCAUCACUACCAAGCAGAGAAAGCGCCACACUUUCUGGGCUUAACGGCAUUUCACCUCCCCUCCUAGAUGAUGUGAGGCAGCAUCUGGAAUCAUCGCAUGUAUUCAAAUCCAAAACAGUUAAUAUUGGACCAAGUGGGGCUCCUUAUUGAGUAAACGGCUUUAAAAAAUAAUCAAAAAAUGGGAACACAAAUAUGGAAAGUAACUCCCAAAACUAACCAUCUGUCUGCAAAUCAAAAUUUCAGCCUAUAGGAGACGGGGAGAAGAUGUGGACAUGUGUUGAACCUCCUGUGUAGAUGAGCUUAAAGCUGUUUAAUGAAACACUGGAGGUGCUACUUACUGUUUCUGGGAGCACUUAAAGAAUGAAAUAUCAAGAUUCAUGAGGCAGUAGUGGGAUUUUGUCAACGGUUGCUAUUGAGAUAUUAAUAUCUGACUUUUUUUCUUCAAGCACACACUUACCUUUCUUCAGAAUCAUUCAAGAGCUCUUUUUUAUGUCUUUUUUUCAGCUAAAAAGCCAUUUUCCAACUAAAGAGCUACUGCUUUCUCAUCAGUAGUUGUGUGUUGAUUAAGGGACCACUUAACCAAACUACAUUUCUUUUUUUGUUGUUGUUUGUAGAUGAAUAACCAGCACAGAGGGAGAAGUUGUGGUAGAAUAUUAAAAUCUGUGUUUUGUUUACACGCUGAAAGUGAUUUCUUGUGAAUUAGCUCGACGGUGUUUCCUUGAUGAAUCUUUUCACUUCUGUGUUGUUGGAUUUACUAACUGUUAAACCAAAUGUAAAGAUGAGACAAACUGGACAAAUGUAAAAUCUCUGAUCUCAUUUUCUUUGACAUUCUUCUAAACUAAGUUUUUUGGACUUUAUGUGUGUCAGAAAUCAGCUUUAAGUUUUCAUAUGUUGGGGAAGUUUGUGCUUAACGUUUGACUAGAAGUGUAGCGUCGAGGGAUCAACUUUGGUUCUAAACUUCAGGCUCCUCUCAAGUGCAGUUUGUUGUUUGCGUAUCAUUCUGAUGUACCGACUCGAGAAAUUUCAUUGCACUCGUCCUUCUGGCCGUCAUUAAACGUGCUUUUCAAAUAACUUGA